UGUGGUCAUUUUCGCUUAUUUUUAAGGGUAAGUUUGUAAUUUAACUUUUAUUUAUAUUCUUUUUUUGGCCACUCCGAUCACGGCUCCGAGGCACCAACACCCUUCGUCCCUAAUUUUUUCUGUUUUCUGGAAAUCUUAUAACAUCUAAACUAUAUGAUCAAUUGUUAAAGAUGAGUAGGCUCUAUGAUGGGUGGAAUGAAAUUUUAAAGAUUCAGAAGUUUCGAAGAGCAGUAGGAAAAACCAUAUUUUUUUCGUUCUCGGCUCUCAUUAGCUAUGCAUACAAUAACAAUACGACCCGAGCUGGGUACUCCAGAGGUGAUCAGUUUUAUGCGUCGUAUCCUGCAGGGAGUGAGCUUUUGACUGAUACAACUAAGUUGUAUAAAUCUGCACUUGGGAAUUGCUUUGAAGAGGAAGAGUGGGGUCCGAUCGAAUGGUCUAUAAUGGCUAAGCAUUUUGAGCGUCAAGGGAAAUCACCGUACGCGUAUCAUGCUCAAUAUCAGGCACACCUUGCCUCUAAUGGACAUCUUGAUGGAAGUGGUUGAUGUUUGGAUGGAAUUAACUUGUUAGUGGUGAGUUUUAAAUUUUAAUCCAUCAUGGGUGUUAUGUGAGGAUCUAAGUGAAUUGUGUGAUACAAUCUGGACAAAAUAAUUCAUGUAAUUUAAUAGAGUUAAAUGCCAUUUUAGUC